AUGGUUCGUCGAAAGGGUGAAAAAUCGUCUGACUCGUCAGAACUGGAGUGUUUGAUCAUGGCUGCCCUUGAGAAGGAGGAUUUUAUUAAAGGACUGAGUGGCCUCAUAGCUAAGGUGGUAGCGGACCAAUUGGAUACGUUGAAGAGAGAAUUUGAUGGUAAAAUUAGUGAUUUUCGGCGUGAUUUGAGCAAUAUUCACGAAAAAUGCGAUAAUAUUGAGAAACAAAUCUCUAAACAGAUAUCUGGUGAAAUACAAGUUCUUAAGCGGCGCUGUGACGAGAUCGAUAAAUCUGGUUCUGAUAAAAUUGAUCGUCUCGAACAAUAUGGGAGACGAAAUAAUUUACGUUUAUUUGGUGUAAAGGAGACCCCGGAAGAAAAUACCGAUCUGGUCGUUUUAAAUAUUUUUAAAAGUUAUCUUGGAGAAGAAUUGGAUAUAUCAGCUAUUCAACGAUCUCACCGAAUUGGUAAAAUUAAGGAAAAAUACAAUCGGGCUAUUAUUAUCAAGUUUUCUUCUUAUCGUGUACGUUCAAAAAUUUAUUCGCUAAAGAGCCAACUGAAGGGAACAAGGGUUGUGAUUAAGGAAGAUCUUACGCGCGCCAGAGCGGAUAUGGUAAAGGAACUGGUGGAUGACUAUGGUAAAGGUCGUGUGUGGACGAUGGAUGGUAUUAUUUACGCGAAAAACGACAAGGGCACCAUAGAUAGAUUCGGAUAA